AUGGUCAACGUAAGACUUUCUGCAAUGGCUACUGGCUUUGUUUCCGCAGUAACCGGUCGCCCUCCCGCUCCAAGAAUGGUUACGCGCAGCAGCGGCAGGCGUGGGUCCCCGCAAAGGGACGAGGAUCGCGGGUCCUCCUCCCAGCGUGAUCGUUCGCGAUCUCCGCGUCGGAACAACGGAACCACGACUUUAUCCGCAUUGGAGCUGUUGAAUGCGAGGCAACCCCCUGUUUUUGCUCCCGAAAUGGUCGCCGACGGACCUGGUCGCAAUGGCGGUAACGAGCGCGGGCCCCCCGGAUUUCACGGCGAAGGGCGAAUUUCGCGUGGAACCGUCGACCCGUCCGAGCCCGGCGAAAACGCCCCAGCUCGACAGGCUCCAACAGUGCAGGCGCAGGACCGCAAUGAUGGCGGUCCUGCACAAGCAGAUCGCGAGAAUCGCGAAUCUGCACGUGCAGAUCGCAAUCCUCGCGAUUCUGUUCGUGCAGAUCGCGAGCGCGAUUCUGCUCGGGCAAAUCGCGAGCGGGAUCCUGCACGUGGGCCGCGACAGAAUCUGGACCCUGCACGAGCGGAUCGCCGGCCCGAUUCAGCAAAUCGACGCGCGAAUCAGGGCGAGCAGCAGGAUCCGCGAAAUCAGGCAGCGGGGAUUUCGGAAAUUGCCGAAAUCAUUGCUCGCCUUGACCCCGCGAGUCAGCACAACCUGCGGCGAAUCUUCCCCGAAACAGCCGGCGACCGCGGUAUAGCGAGAUCCAGCGCUUCUACAGGACGCCGUGCAGCCGAGAAUAACUCGGCGCGAUAUACCGACAUAAACAUUGGAGCGGCAGCGGAUAAUAAUGAUGCAAUUCGCCACGCGAUCGGCCUCCUCGCGGCGCUUCAACGCGGCAACAACGGAGAUCCUGCAGCAGCGGCAGAUCCUGUGCGCCCGGCAGCUCCAGCGGCACCUCGUUCCCGCGCUCCUCUCCCUCUUGAUCCCGAGGGCGUCGACGACGGCGAUCACACUAAUUUCGAAAACCUCGACGAAGGUAAUCCCGCUCGUCCUAAGGCCCCAGCACCACUUAAUCUCGCUCCUAUACCGCCUGCUCGCCCUCAGUUGCGCUCAUCUCUCGUCAAAAGCGACGGCAUUCGCACUCAAUUAUUUAGUUUCGAACGCAUUCAAGCAAUUGCACGUCAUGCUUUUUCUAUCCUACCGUCUCAAGGUGUUGAGCAACUUGCUGAUUACCUUCAGCAAAUCAUUGAUGAAGCUGAAGAAAAGAUUCAUUUCCUAUUCACCGCGGAUCAGCGCGGCUUCGAAGUAGCCAAUAUGGCUUUAAAGAUUAAGUACGGCGAGGUGGUGGAGGACAAAAACGUUAAGGCCGCUACUCAGAUCGUGGCGGCUAGCAAAAAGAGGCCGCACAUGCCCGCCACCUCGACUCGCCCCAAUCCCGCUCCUCGCAAUCGAGGCCAAGGGGAACGCCAUUGGACUUGGCGUAGGGAUGGCGAUGGGCGUUGCUUCUAUUGUCGCGAGCCCGGCCACGGAAUAGCCGAUUGCCCGCAGCGGGGCCAAGGGGCUAACCAGCCUGCUAAGAUUGUUUAG